AUACAAGUUCUUGGCCAAUAAAAUAUUGCUCUGUGUAUCAGUUGGGUGAAACUAUUGUGUUUAGCGUCGUCACACGGUCCUGAUGCGACACUAGUUACGACGGCGGUCCAGUCAUGAUUUCCUGCGACUGUCAACUUCGAUUUCUCAAAUGUCAACGCGAGAGGAGGUCGCUGUCCCAGGAUUAAUGGUAUCUCCUCAUAUCUCACUGAAUCGGUACUCUAGACAGGGAGGACACCUGAUUCAGCGACUUUCCUUUAUUUCACCGAUGACUUCCUGUGAAACACUGCCCCCGGGAAAUUACUCGUUUGCCUUUUCCUCUUGUACUGGGUGCCUCCUUGCCCUAUGUCUGCUAUGAGCAACGUCAAAUACUUCCCACCUUUGCUUCUGUUGCGCUGGUAGUCCCACGGGCAGUGUACGCCGAAUCAACUUCUCCGAGAGCCUCUUGCCACCUGGAGAGCUAUUUCGAGAAUGACACCAGCUUCUGGACCGGGUUUUCGUGUCAUCCUCGUGCAGAAGGAAAAACAUGUUGGUCAACUGCCACAUGCGAAGCUCGCGCCACCGGCGCAGGAGGAUGCUUCAUUGUUUUACGAAUGUUGUUCGUCAAAUACCGAACAACACCAGCGUUCCUGUUUGCUCAGUAAUGGGAUAAGGGACACUGAAAGGUAUGGCUUCAUCGGAUUGCGCCGGGAGGCAGACACAAACGCCGGAGACUGUAGUUCUGGUGAGGCCGCGUACCCCGAGGUUGAUUCACCGAUUACCGGCGUAAAUAGUUACACAAGUGGAGGCAACGCGUACCCCGUUUUUGUCGGCGACAGGGUCCUCGAGUCGCGAGAUUCAGUUGACCCACAACUGCUGCAAUGCCUGUUGAUGGGCGCCUCCGGAACAACCUCUUCUGUGACCUCGCUACACUUUUUUGUCGACGGCAGUCUUCCCCGCCAUCAUCUUCAUCUUAUCGAGUCGUUUGCAAACAGGCUUGGAUGUGCCGAAUGCCUCCCGGUUCGUUGUGCUGGAGUUGAGUCUGCUGCCGUAUCUCUCGCAAGUUCUCAGCAACUGCCUCCCAAAACACAGUCUCAGGGGACGUUAGGACUGACUACUGGGUCGCCACGCCCCGCAACACAGGCCGCCUCGACUCACGAGCAACUGCGCUCCAGUCAAACGGGGCUGUCGAGUUUGCGACAGCGGCCGGCGCGUCUGUGGUUCCUCAAGGGUGAACUAGGCGAGGGCCUGAAAUGCCGCCACGCGCUGACCGAGGUUCAAGACGCUCUUCUUUUCGGCAACCCGAACCAUAGUCGAUGUGCCCAGUAUAUCACGAUCCCGUCUAGCCGUUUGCCGAGUGGCGAGGGAAACCAUCGAGCGUCUGCAUGCUCCCACGCCUUCGGUGGCCCUCAUGUUCGGCCGCUGGUGGAACCUCGGGAUGCAGGAGCGACAGCGGCGCGUAUCCCUCUCGAUCGACAAAGCCUUGUCUUCGCAGUGGGCGGAGGGACGGUGUGCGAUCUGGUGGCAUUUGCAGCUUCUACGGUGCUUAGGGGUGUUAAAUGUGUGCUGGUUCCCACCACUCUGCUAGCAGCCAUUGAUGCAUCCGUCGGAGGGAAGAAUGGCAUUGACGUCGGGGCAGCGAAGAACUGCCUGGGAACGUUCACUCACCCGCACGCUGUCUUGGUUCAUUUGCCUUUUAUUCGGUCCUUGCCACCACGACAUUUUGCGAAUGGCAUGGCCGAGGUCAUCAAAAUCGCAACAACAAGCAGCAGUAAGUUAUUCGAUUUCCUCAGUCGUGUCGACCCGGCGGCACUUGUCGCUCCUGUCUCGGAUUCUUUGGAGAGUUGCGCAACUGGCGUAUCAAACAACCAUCUUCGGACACUACCGCCUGCAUCACCGCCUCGAGGACCUUCUGACGCAGAGCCGCUGGAAGGCCAUGGCACACUCAAUUGUGCACAGCAGGAUCGUCUCCCGCAAACUCCUAAUGAGGAACCUGUAUUUGAAUCAUCCGGUGUCUGCUCUGUGGAUCCCGAAGAUGCAGCUGCACCUAUCGCUGAAGGGGUAGUGCAGAUGGACCGGUCCAACACUGCCCCUAGACGACACUUCGCAGAUUCUAGCGUGCAUGCAGGCGGCAUGAACAACGCCUUGGAGACCGUUGUCCUAGCUGCCAUACAACUGAAAGCGGCGGUUGUCGCGGAAGACUUCCGUGAGAGCGGGAAACGGCAGAUUCUGAACUUCGGGCACACCAUCGGCCAUGGGAUCGAGAUGCUGUUCAGGAGCUCUGACUGGCUCCACGGAGAGUGUGUUGCAGUGGGCAUGGUUCUUGAGCUUCUGCUUCUGCGUCUGCUGGGUCUUGUUUCUCCACUCGUCAGCAUUCGAGUUCAACGGCUUCUGCGCAAGUUCUCUCUUCCAUGUUCUGCCCCUCUGUCUCGUGACGGUGCAGACGAGGCUUUCAGACUGAUUUUGACACACGAUAAAAAGAACCGCGAUGGAAACAUUUUUAUUACUUACGUUCAAGACGUUGGCUCGACUCAUCCCCGUCAUGUCACAGCAGUGCCUCGGGAGCUCGUGCGCCUGGUGCUGUCGCCUGUGUUGGCUGUGGCGCCUCCGAGAACGUGUGUACCUUGCUCCAGUCUUCGCUCGCAGACAGGCGACACUACCACUCGUCUCCGUUUUGACGCUGUUGUCUCGCUCCCAGGAUCCAAAUCUGUGGCGAAUCGUGUCCUUCUGCUGGCUGCCCUUCGCCACUGUUUCAUUCGUUCCUUUCGCCAGUGCAUGCAAGACCGCCGUCCGUCAAGGAAGCAGUUCGCCCUCUGCAAUCUGCCCGCCGCUGUAGACGUUGUCGUCAUGGUUCAUGCCCUUCAACAGCUCGGGCUGUAUGGACAAUUCGACUUCGUAGCGUCUCCGUCGUCUCCAUCGUUUGACGUGAAAGUCCAGAUUCCGCUAUCCGCAUGCGAAGCCUCCCAGUCGUCGCAUUCGGGGUAUUUUGACCCUCUCGCUUUCGCCGAUGUAUCGAAAGGGUGCCUUCGUCUUUGGGUUGGCGACAGCGGCACGGCGUCUCGCUUCCUGCUGCCGUUCGUUGCUUUCCUUCUCGGCUUCCAUCAUUGCCUCCGCCGUUCUCACUGCGAUCACGAAGGCGGUCCGUCUUCGUCGCAUCACACCGAGGAUGUGAAUUCACAGAGAGAGAAAGUGACGGUCGGGCGUCUCCCUCAUGUUCAGAGCGUAGUCGUUGACGGAGGGGAGCAACUCAGAAGGCGUCCAAUGGGUUCUUUGGCUGAAGCAGUCUGCCGGCUCAUCAGAGGAUGCAGGGUGUCAUAUCUGAAGAGUCACGGCUGCCUACCCAUCCAACUGACCAUUGACGAGAAGGUGACGGCCGAGGAGUCGACGGUGGUAGAUGGUCGAGAGGCGCAGUAUUCGAAUGUCCAGACAGUGCCACAGUUGAUGUCUCACGUGUUUACAGACAUGACGGAAUGGCAUGUGUCUGCUUCAGAAAGCUCCCAGUUCGGUUCUGCUUUGUUGAUGCUUGCCCCGCUUGCCCCCUCCACUGUUCAAGUUUGCCUCAAUGUGAGGGAUGAACUACAAGACACACCGUCUCAGGAACCGCGCAGCCGUGUCGCAGGGGUUCGAGUGCGUAGUCUGCGGACUCCGAAAGAAGCGAAGGGUUUGUUGUUGCCGAGCUCUCCAGAAGUCGCGAGGACUGCACUCUCUCACCGAAAACACAUGCGUGAGGAAUGCAGGACAGAGUCUGCAGAAGUCAGAUCUGCGGGAGAGGGCGACUCUGCCGUAAGGCGUCUGUCUGCGGAUCCUCCGUCAGCUGCAGCUAGACCUUUCCCUUUUGUCUGGAUGACUCAACGGUUGAUGAGUCAGUGGGGGUUUGAUGUUUCAGAGAUAUCUUCGAACGUUUACCGGGUCUGCUCGAUUUGGUCCCGCGUCGGUGGGGGAUUCGAAAAGUACCAGGAUAGCGCGGAGCGGUUGGCGAGGAGAAGAAACCUUGCAGGCCUACAGGAAAGGGAGAGCGCUCCACAGAGAAGUGCAGACAACGUCGACGAGCAGGCGCCUUCUUUUGAGGCAGCUGCCAAGCAGCCUUCGCCAGAGCGCGGAUGUCCUGAGGGGACAUGUCAGCACCGGGGGGAUGACCAAAGUGGACAAGACAGCGAGAGGGCAUUCAAAGACUCUUUUGAUCACCCAGAAUGGAUGGUGGAAGCUGACGCUACGGCUGCUUCGUAUUUUAUGGCGAUGGCAGCUGUAGCCGGAGGACGCGUUCAUAUGAAUGUAGAUAGGUCAACAUCACUUCAGGGAGACAUCGCGUUUGCUGAGAUGCUUCCACAUUUUGGCUGCUCAGUCUCGCAACGAUAUGGCUGUCCGCACCAGCUCUUUCCCCAUGUGAGACUCAACAAAUCGAGCGCUGGGUCGAUCCCGUGUCGCUGUCCCCCGCAUUGCCCAGGAAGCGGCAACCCCUCUGGCGAGGCUGACGCAGAUGCGACAGGCAAGGCGACAGAGAAUAUCUCAAAAGCCACGGAGUGCCAGUGUUGUUCCGGAGCAUGGCUCACUGUUGAGAGCACUUCUGGUGGACUACAGCGGGCCUGGGGUUCCACGGAGCUGAAGGCAGAUCUACAUUCUUGCGUUCCGCUGUCUCUCGGUACUGUAGAUGAUUGUCCUGACACACCGCAAGACCCGAAAACUCAAACUCCAGUAAAGGGCGCGCAGCCUGCCGAAUGUGGGGAAACCCCGACACAACAACAGCUCAGAGUUGAAGGCCCCCAAGCCGUGGGUGAGGACUGUCCCUCCCGUGAGGCGUCGCGCAAACUGGUGGAAAUCCCCGUCACACCAUCGUGUUCCACAGGUUCCCCGGUGUACGAUCAGGUCCUGACUCUUGAUCUAAGCCGGAUGCAGGACUGCUUCAUGACAUGCGCUGUCCUAGCGGCGAGCGCGAGCCGAGGAACAUCGCCGAGCAACGACCACUCAGACAUGCGAGUCGAUUCAAAGGGCGCAGCGACAGACACGCAGCACCAGCUGCAAGCGUCCGUGGCGAAACGCCCACUCUUCCGCCUUAUUGCUGGUCGGACGGCAAGACUGAAAGAGAGUGAUCGGAUCGCGGCCGCCGCGCGGGGCUUGAAGACGACCGGCUUUCAUGUCGACGAGCUCUCUGAUGGACUGCUCAUUUACCAAGUGUCUCCGUUGCCUCCCGGAAGAUCCACAGUCACACCAGCGUUAACAGCGCGCGAGAAGAAUGAAGAUGAGUGCCAAGACAUCAGUGAAGUUGGUGGCAGGGGAAGUAGACGAGAUUGUCCGAGCGCCGAGGACACGAUGGACGUGGAGACGAGCCAACAACUGGAGCUGGUCGCUGUAGAAAGCGAGUCCGACCAUAGAGUGGCAAUGAGUUUCGCCAUCCUCGGACUGGUCCGCACGGAUGUUGGAAUAAGAGACUGGCAGUGCGUCGACAAAACCUUUGCAGAUUUCUGGUACGAAUGCAAGGAACGCAUUGGCAUGCAGUUAUACGCUCCCCCUUUGAGGGGUUUUGAAGAGAGCGGACAACCUGUACAGGCCGCCCGAGAAUCGCAUUCCCGAGACCGUUCGACAUCACGAAGUGAAGGGGCAAACCGGUCGAUGCAGGCGAUCUCCAACAGGAUGCCGGAAGGCAGCUCCAGUGACAACAUGGUGAUUCUACAGUCUAGCAUCCGCAAUCGACAGGCGGUAUCUUCGCCUGAUCAAGAAAUGGUGACGCAUGUGACUGCGUCAGAUCCUCGACAACAUGAAACUGAGUUGAUUGCCAGGCGAUGCGGAUGCGACCUUCGACGGAUAAGCAGCACCCGCCUGUGUGAAACCAAACACGCUCCGCGCAACGAAUCUGUGACUCGCGAACAGCUCCAGAGAUAUUUCGUCAUCUGCCCCCCUGGCUGUCCUGCGCCUUCCCUUGUCCCAGUCAUUGGAGCACACCCAAGCGCUGUGACACCCCUUCCACAUUCUAGUAAAUGCCAUUCGCUCAUUCACAAACCUCCGGCCGCGCCCGCUGACCAACGUACGCCGGAGCAGCCACUUAAGCUAUUGCUUCAGGUGCUUCUGGUCGUCGGCAUGCGAGGAGUUGGAAAGAGCGUCUUAGGCAAGCUCGCGGCCCUCGAACGAGGGUGGGCUUUCUUCGACCUCGAUGUGGUGCUUGAGGCGUGGCUGAGAGACCGCGAAGACGCGACGCGCGCCCCCGUGGAUGGUAGAGCUGAACGACAGGGCAGAACAGGCAUCGACCUCUCGGGAACAACAGAUGCGUCCCUCCUGGAUCUUGAUAGACUGCAUGUCUUCAUCGAAGAGGAAGGGAUGCCCGCCUUUAGACAAGUCGAAAGCCAGGCUCUCGCAUUCCUGUUGUCGGCCGUGCGAAGGACACAACUGCGGAACGGUUCCUCCCGCCCACCCUGUUCCGCCGAAGUUGGCGCAGGCGCCCAGUCUGACGAAGAGUUAUGCGUAGGCGGCGAGCAAAACACGACCGAGGAAUUGGGUGCUGCUUUCAAUUCUGUGGCCAAAGAGGUUUUCGAAGGCCGGAAAGAAAAUAACGCAGACGGAAAUCCUCAUUCCGACGCAACACUACAAGAAUUUCUAAUGAGGUGCGAGGCACUGGGACUCUUCAGGUGCCGUAGUGGCGGCUGUGUAGUCUCGUGCGGAGGCGGUGUGAUUGAAAGUGACGAAGCAGUGAGGGCUCUCGAAUCCGAGCCACUUGUUGUGUGGAUCAAAACGACGGAGCAGGAAACGGUGGAACGCGCCUUACGAAAGGAGGGUCAGACACCUUCGUACUUCCAGACGGCGAAGAAAGCCAGAAGGUGCCAUGUUGCUGACCACGAGGGUGACCCUUCAGACAGCACUGGUGCCGGACAGGCAGAGAGACCCAGUGAGAAAGGAUCGAGGUACGUGCCAGCUGCACCGUACCGAGAGAAAGUUCGGAUGCUAUACUGGGAACGCGCCGUGCGAUACAAGAAAGUUGCAAAGUUUGAAUUCUGGACUCCGCCUGUCCAGGAGCUUCUAGAAGGGCUUGACCCCUUUGAACUCUCCUUCUGGCCCGCGCUUGGGGACUCAAAGACAUUUGCGCAGCCCCCGGGAUCCUCCGCGGGCGCAGCAUCUGACUCUGUUUCGCCUGUGGCAUCACCUUCGUCCUCCACCUCUGCUGCAUUGCCCUUGCCCCCCAUCCCAACGGACAUGGCCAUCCGGCUUGCACUCUUGCAUUCGAAGGAGGCUCCGAAGCUCUCGCUGUACCUGAGAGCGGUCUACAAAGUCUGGCAACUCUUCCUCUUCGCUCUGUUAGGCCCGCCGUUGCCAGUCACGCCGGCGAGUUGUUUCGCUGUCUGCGAAGAGGUGCUGACCUGGUCAGCAGGUGAACACAGAGGCCACAGCCGACCUCAGAGCGGGAGGCAGGGUCCUCCUGAACCCAAAGCUUGUCCUCCAGAUGCGGGUCACCGCGGGUCUUCUCCGUGUUUGGUCGCACCAGGUUCUGAGGCGACUUCUCUUAGUCUGACGAUCGAUGAGGCAAGCUGUCAAAAUCGGUGCAGCUCUCAGUCAGAGUCCGGCGCUUCUCCUCGGGCGGACGGAGCCUCAUGGACAGCUGGGGAGAAUGUGACACGACGCCGUGGCAGCGUGAACACCGUGUUGGCCAGGUGGCUCGAAGAGAGCAGAUAUGUGGACGUCGUGGAGUUGAGGGCAGACUGUUUGCCAACACUCGAAGCCGUCGAAAGGCAGGUGUUCUACCUCAGGCUCCUCACUGGCAAACCCGUUAUCUUCACGCUGCGGACUCAACAGGACGGAGGCAGAUUCGGUCCCGGUAGCCCCUUGUACAGAGAAACCGUCGGUCUUCUCUCUGAAACAUCCGACGAAAGCAAAACGACAGAGGCCCAGGUGGUCGGCGCCUUUCCCAAAGACGUCGGUACCGAGGGGUCGGCGCAUGUGUCUCAAGGUCCCUCAUCCACGAACUGCAGCGGACCCAGGGUUGGAGGACGAAAGGAAGCUUCGAACCAGGCGUGCAGCGACAGCGGUCGAACCACCGCACGUUCAGCAACGUGCUUGAAAACAGAGCUCGUGGGGCAGGUUCAGACGUCGUUUUUUCUCCCGUCGAAGUCCUCCCCGUCAAUGGCUUUGUCUGUGGACGAGGCAGAGUUGGACCCUGUUGCCGAGGCUGCUGCGUAUGUGAGUACGCUUGCUCGAGCCAGCCGACUGGGUUUCGACUGGAUUGAUGUUGAGACCCGGAUGGUGGAGCGGCUGCAAACAGGCGAAGAGCGCGUCAUAACCGAAGAACGGAAAGAGUUGUGGGCGCGAGCUGCCAGCGGUAUCGCGACCCCGUACUCAGGUGAAGACUCACACGUGUUUUCUCCAGAACAGAACGUGGAACGCUCGAGGCAUGGUAGCGUCGCAUUCGCAUCUGCCACGCCGCCAACUAUUCCAGAAAAUGGAUUUGCAGGCAACUUUGGGCUUUCGAAAGAAGCAGAGAGUUCACUACUGCGGAGGGCACGGCGACAGUUCAUUGAGGAUCUUCUCAUGGCCACGCCGCCGGGAGGUCGAUACAUCGCUUCACUUCAUGUGGAGUGGUUAAGCUCCGAUCCAAUCACAAUGUUCUACAAGAACUGUCUUUCUUCUGUCUCGCGUUGUUAUGCCGCUGUAUCAAAAGUCGUUCUGCUGCCCUCUCGAUCACGGCUGCAAGCACAAACACAUCUGCAAGGCAACGCUUGUGCCCUCGACACAAGCCUCCUCUCCACAAAGGAGAUCAAGCUGACGAACUUGCAGGUAUCAUGUUUGAAGCAGGACGCCACGGAGCUUGGAGACGGCGAGGAAGCUGUCACGCAUUUGCUCAGAUCCUUACGUAUGGAGAACGGAAGCCGUGUUCAAUCUGACAACACAGACGCCCGAUCGGCAGUCGACGCGCAAUCGCGGGCGCCGUUGCAUCCCAAUGACGAAGUGCUGGAAUGCGUCGAGCGCCAGAUAAAUCGGCCUCUGAUUCUUCUCCAGAGUGGCCCGGCGGGGAGGCGUUCUCGUAUUGAAAACCGCUGCUUCACACCGACUUGCUUGGCAGGACAAGACAGUACGAAUGCCUACGGACAGUUGAGUGCAGUACAAUUAUGGGAACAUCGGCGCCGUCUUUCUCUGCCAUGCGUCAACUUCUUCCUCUUCGGCUACCCCACGAUGCUUUCCCCGUCACCGACCAUCCAUAACGCCAUUUUUGAAUGCAAAAGGGCGGUCUCGAGAAGCUGCGCCUUCAGCCUCUUCCCGCCUGCAGCUGUGCAGAGGCAAAUGCAGCAAAUCAAGUGCCCAGCACGCGAAGUGGAUACAUGUCAGUCUCUGUGUGGUUUGCACGCCACAGAAACUGCUGCCCAUGCGACGCGGCACCCAAGUGCCAAAUUAAUUACUUACCGACAACUUCCGGGCCGCGAAACGGAAAAAUAUGCCACGAUGCUUGUUGAGCAGAUGACGUGGCAGUUCUUGAGAGCCGCACCUCUGCAUGCGUUUGGUGGGGCGGCUGUCACGCUCCCCCUCAAGGAAACCCUCUUGCCUCUUUUGAGUCGUAUCGAUCCAGUAGCGAAACGAAUUAAGGCGGUUAACACCAUCUACCGUGACAAAGUGAAUGGCACUCUCUGCGGUGCAAACACGGACUAUGCGGCUAUUGUGAAGGCGAUUCUCUGUCGAUGCGACAAGGUCGGGACCGUGCCGGGGACAGCCCUUUGCGAGCUUCCAGAAGAAGUGUUCAAGGAGCGACCUCUCGUCGUUGAAAUGGCGUAUAAUCCUGUGCUUACGCCACUCAUUAAAAGGGCGUGUGGCGCGGGGUGUGCAGUGGUCCACGGAAUCGAGCUUUUCGUGUGGCAGGCGUUGAUUCAGUCUCGCUAUUGGGUGACAUCGCAAGGACCUGUUGAUGUGAACGCCAACGAGCGGGAGGUGCCAAGCAAUUACCCUAAUCAAGCAGAAACAAUCAUACACUGCACGAUGGGGAAGACGUGUGAGUACCAGAAAUUCUUAAUCGCGAGGUGGUUAGACACACCUGAAGGACGCUCAUAUCGUCCUAUCGAUCUGAGGCCUGCCGAACUUCGGGAGGUCCUCAAACGUGUCGAGACAUUCUACAGGAAUGUGAUUGAUGUCGACCGGCUUGUCACCCUCCGAGGGGAGAAUUUCUUUGUUUGACACUAGGGUAACCGCGCUAUCUAACGGUUUUGUGCGUUUUUGGAAUUCGAGCAAUGUCAUACGGCCCAAAGACGCGUCUUACCUUCGUUUACAGGCUCAUAUCAAAAAGCUUAAC